AUGACGGCGGCGGUGCGGGAGCUGCCCGACGACGUCCUCGCGGAGGCCCUCCGGCGCCUCGCCCCGCGCGGCCUGGCCACGUCCCGGUGCAUCUGCAGGGCGUGGCGCGAUGCGAUCGACGCCCGCCGGCUGCUGCGCGCGGAUCUCCUCCCGCGCUCCGUGGGCGGCAUCUUCAUGGAGUACUGCGCGCUCUACUCGCCGGAGUUCUUCUCCAGGCCCUCCGCCUCCAGGCUGCCGAUCUCUGGAAGCCUAGACUUCAUGCCCGCCGUCCGGCGUGUCUUGAGCCACUGCGCCGGCCUCCUGCUCUGCGGGUGGCACGGGCACGUGCGGUACGUCGCCAACCCGGCGACGCGGCGGUUCGCGCGGCUGCCGCCAAGCCCGCCGCCGACCUUCGGGGAGGCCUUCGACCAGGCGGCCUGCAUCGUGUACGAUCCCACGGUGUCGCCGCACUACGAGGUGUUCUUGAUCCCCGUCCUCCCCGAGGAGCACGAGACCAAGCUGGAUUCUGAAAUGCUGCGAUCGGAGUGGCCGCCGCCGUCCUACGCGACGCAGGUGUUCUCGUCUGCGACGCGGCGGUGGCAGGAGGCGUCCUUUCUUCGCGUAGGGGAGGCGGCCGGAGUUUCCGCGGACAUGAAUUCAAGUCCGAACUGGAACGUGCCCAACCACACGGCCUACUGGCGAGGGGCGCUCUACGUGCAUUGCCUAGGCGACGUGUUUAUCACAAGGAUAUCCCUGUCAGAUGCCAAGUACCAAAUAGUAAAAACGCCGAGGGACAAGACAUACCUCCGUUUAGGAAGAUCAGAGAAGGGGGUGUAUUGUACAACCUCUGAAGAUGGAUUCCAUGAUCUUCCCAUUUGGCACCUCAAUGAAUCAUAUGGUCAGAUGGAGUGGGUGUUGAAGCAUCAUGUUAACCUUAGGUCCUUUGCACGUAAGCUGCAUGCGCUUGAGGACUACCAUCGGCAAAAUAGAGGACCUUGGAUCUUACAAGAUAAUAUAACUAUCGUCGUAAGAAUCAUCGUGGAGCUGACAACUACGUUGCGGUAG